AUGAUGAAAGCUGAGGCAGAAUUUCCAUUGUCUAUUGGAAAGCAGUUUGUAGAAAGAAAUCUUAAUUUGGAGAAGAGAAUGGCAGCGAAGACUAAAGAGCUUCUUUUUCUGAUGCUUCUCUUUGUGUGGGGUAGCUAUGUGAGUGCAAAUAGAAACUUAUUGACAGAUAGCCCAAAAGUAGAAGAGGAAGGGUCUUCAAGUCCAAAGACCAUUACCUUCUUCAUGCAUCAUAUAACGGAAGGACCCAACCCCACUGCCAAGCCUGGACUUGAACUUGGAGGACUUCAAGGCACUGGAAAUGCAAUCUCUGGCUUGCCAAACCAGCUUGGAAAUAACAUCAACUUCAAUGGCAUUGGGAAUCAGAAUGGGAAUGGGAAUGGUCCUCUCCCAUUAACCAUUCCAAGUGGAGCCAUCAACAAUUCUCCUUUCUUUGGCCAGCUGCCCAUCUCUUCCACCACUGGCCUCGGCCUCAUCCCUAACGAUGGAGUCCAGGGCAUAGGUUCACUCAUUCCUGGCCUUGGCUUUAAUGCACCUGGUUUGGGCCUUCAGAACUCUUUUCCCAACACAAAUAUCAUUAAUGGUGGUCUAAAUCCCCAGAAUCCUGUUGGAGGGGCCUUGGGUAUCCCGCUAGCUAAUGUGAUUGUGAUUGAGGACACCCUAACAGAAGGGCCUGAUCUCCACUCCUCUGCUAUGCUUGGAAAGGGAGAGGGAUAUUAUUUUCACUUGCCCAGCCCUGCUGAAGACAAAGAUCCCGAGACACUGUUGCUCGCCUUCAUUGCCAGAUUUGAAGGUUCUGAAUACGAAGGUAGAAGCAUUGAAUUCUUAGGCAAAGACAACAUUGAAUUACCACAGAGGGAGAUCACAGUGGUGGGAGGCAGUGGUGUGUUCCACAAUGCUCAAGGCCAUGCUCUCAUGGAGACUAUUUCUCACACAGUCGAUGAGACAGUGGUCAAGCUCACCGCUACUCUUACCUACGAAUGA